UGAAGUCCAACCAUAAAGAUACCCCUUAAAAAACCCAAACAAAAGUAACAUCAGCCCCGGCACCUUACCUACAAAUAGGCCAGAGGCAGACUGCCCACUGAGGUUUUCGUCUGCGGAAGUGUCAUGGGUCAGAUAAGAUUCGGCAAACUUCUUAGAACGAUUGUUUUACAGUGUUUUAUCAUGAGGAAUGUGUUGUCCCUUCAGAAAAGAGAAUGGGUUGAUUCCACAACAGCAAAAUCAACAGAGGGAGAUGUGACAUGUUUUUCUGAAUACAUGGAAAUGUGGAUUCACAGCGCGAGAUCGGAAGGGUUGGGUUUCUGGCUGUCUGGGGCUUUAAGAAUCCAAGUCAACCUUGCAUCUCUGGAUCACCUAAACCUCAAGCUGUCUGCCUGUGGAUUCUCACUGCACAAAGAUUCUGACAAGAACUUUAUUUUUAGAGUCAGUUACACUGGAUGUUUUGUCCAGCAACAGCAUGGCUUCCAUGUGCUUACGCUGAAUUUGGUGACGAGGAUAAAUCGGUUCGAAAGCAGACCUCACAGUUUCAUGAUGACCUGCCCAGUGGUUUCUGUACUGCCCGACAGAGAGCAAAUCCAUUGUGACCCAGAGCAUAUUCAGGUGAUCAGACAAGUUCCCUAUGACAACUGGAAUAAUGAGCUGCAGUGGUCACUGUCUUUGAGCGACCACUUCGUUGUAGCUCUGGAGGAUGCCAGCCUGAUCCAGAUGAACACUGACAUGGAUGGACCAGACAUUAAAGUCCAAGGCAGGAGGAGGGAGAUCUUGAGCCCUGUGAGGGUAAUGGAAAAUGAAGGGGAAUUCUUGGCCUUGAAGCUGGUCAGUGGUCAGUAUGCCUACAGUAUGGAAGCUGUGUGUCCAAAAGUGACUAUGUCCACAGCAGAGGAGACUGUGCUGCACAUUUUCAAACGACGCAUGGGCUUGACUAAGCGAGGCAGCUAUGACGAUGAAGGACUGACAGUCAGCGAUGUGUCGGUGAACCAGACAGAUAAUUUCACUGUGCAUGAGACGAGUGAAUUUGUGACACUGACCAUUCCUACAACCCAAAUACUCGAGACCAAGACUUGCGCAGAUAGCGAACAACUCCUGCAGUCAUUCUACAGGGUGGAUGUUGUGCUCACCUUCAAAGAGACAAAUCACAAAAUGCAUUGGACCAUGGAGAACACACUGCCAUGCACAGCCGGGCCUGCCGCAUCAUACAUCACAUCCUCUCCUGGUGCAAACAUCACAGCUGUGUCCAUGCUCAACUUUAAAAAUGAGAGUUUAACCACAGAACAACUGUUGUUGCACCGCUCUGCUGUCCCUUCAGGGCAACCAAACAAGAGAGCUCCAUUCGAAGAGAUGACGGCAGAAUUGUCCACAAUUAUUUCACCUCACACACAGACAGAGGGCAGCAGUUUGGAUCCCCACAUUGAAAAGAUGACUCACAGUGGGGAUUUACCUUCCGGGUUUGGUGGUGACACCGUUACUUCCAUUAAUGCAACUGUAACACACAUGUCUUUCCACACAACGGUUGCUCAUGAACAAGAAUACUAACAACUCAGCUCAUCCAUAGGGAAUAAAAACCAGCAAAAGCAGAGAAAACUAAAGUGGAUUUGGCAGCAUUAGAAACCUGACAAAAGUUUUGAAAAAAUUAUUAAAAUAAUUGCCACAACUCAAACAGCAUUAUCAGGUGUAUCAAUUCUUGAAGCAAAUAAUGUAUUUCAAUAUCCCAAUUGCUUUGAGGCCUUUUGAAUCACUUCUUUUGUUUUAAAUCCUCAUUGAUGCCACGUGUCACAUGUCUGUUUGCUGUCUUGAAAGGUGAUGCUGUGGUCAGUCAGUGCUGUGCAGGUUGAUUAUACAAGCAGAAAUACAGCCAGACCUCGGCCAGCCGUUGCCCGAGGGUGGACAUUAUCCA